CCACUUGGAACACUUGGAACAAACUUUCCAGAGAUUACAGGAAGCCAGAUUACGCCUGAAUAUCGAUAAGUGUCAUUUUUGUAAGGAACAACUCGAGUUCCUGGGUCAUAUUAUUACCCGAAACGGAAUACGACCAGACCCCACCAAAGUGAAAAAAGUAAAAGAAUUUCCACAACCGACAAAUAUUACCGAAUUACGAGGAUUCUUAGGAUUAGUCUCCUAUAACAGACGUUUCAUCCAAGGAUUCUCUAACAUCGCAGAACCAAUGCACAGAUUACUAAAGAAGGAUCAACACUACGAAUGGAAAGAAGAACAUGAGAAAGCAUUUCAAAAUUUAAAGGAAAAAUUGAUAGAUGCACCCGUUCUAUUAUACCCAGAUUACAAAAAGAAAUUUAUCCUUGCCACCGACGCGUCGAAACUUGGACUAGGUGUCAUCCUCUCGCAACUGGACUCAAACGGAAACGAACGACCCGUCGC